GCCGCCCCCGGCGCUUCCCCGCCCGGCCCCCCGGAAACAGCCCCGCGCCCGCCGGGGCCGCCAUGGCGGAGCAGGAGGCGGCGGCCGUGGCCUGGAUGGACCAGGCCCUGGAAGCGGCGAGAGAGGCGCUGGAGAGGGGGGAGGUCCCGGUCGGCUGCCUGCUGGUGUACGAGGGCCAGGUCCUGGGGAGGGGCGGCAACGAGGUCAACGAGACGAAGAACGCUACUCGACACGCAGAAAUGGUGGUGAUUGAUCAGGUUCUUGACUGGUGCAAGGAACACAACAGAGAUUAUACAGAAGUGUUUGCAAACUCAAUACUGUAUGUAACUGUAGAGCCUUGUAUCAUGUGCGCAGCUGCCGUGCGCUUCAUGAAAAUUCCACGGGUUGUAUAUGGCUGUCGAAAUGAGCGAUUUGGAGGCUGUGGCUCAGUUCUGAGCAUCUCAUCUGAUGAUCUGGUAAACACAGGAGACCCAUUUGAAUGCACGUCUGGCUAUCGUGCCAAAGAAGCAGUGGAACUGUUGCAAGCUUUCUACAGACAAGAAAAUCCCAAUGCACCAAAAUCAAAAGUACGGAAGAAGGACCAUCGUAAGUAGCCCUGUGAGGAUGGGAGACAGAAACUUACCAAAACAACACAUGAAGGUUUCUUUAGUGUCCUUUUUUAAAAAGUACAGUCCAGUUGAACUUUCUCUAAUAUUCUGUACAGACCUUUUAAUAACAGUACUUCCUACCUGUUCCUGCAUUUUUAUGUAUGUGAUUUCUUUUUAUCAUAUGUGACUAAGCAGAAGAAUAAGUGGUUGUUUUUAGAAAUAAGGAAAUGGUUCGAUUAUAAUUGUUCUCAGCCAAAUGGAUCCAUUAAAAUUAUGGCAUUCUGUACAGCA